GCAGGGCUGUGCGGCGGGCGGGGGCCGGGCUGGAUGCGCCGCCGCCCCGCGACCGAGAACCGGCUGCGGCAGCGGUGGCAGCGCGCGGUCACCCGCCGCUUCGCCGACCGGUACCCAACGGCACGGCACGGCACCGCCCGGGAUGGCCGAGAGCAGCCCCACCUCCCUCCUGCACCCCUCCAUCAUCCGCUGCUUAUUCGGUUAGUUUUCCCAGGUCUGGGGACAAGAAGGCUGGGCACAAGAGGAAGUACCAGGUAUCAUUAUGAUGGAAUAGCUAUCAAGAAGAACUCUUCCUUUUAUGCACGUUAUUGCUCUCUCCUGUCUGAAAAAAAUUAUUACAGGCACCGCUCUCCAGGGGAAGCGAGCAGCUCUGCCUGGCAGCUGAGCACCUCUGCGGGCACCGGUGGAAACGCCUGCGGUUCUGGAGAUGCAGCUGGCUACAGGAGCAAUAGCCAAAAAAAAAGAACAAGCAAGAAUUUGCACUGUUCUCCAUCUGUCAUUUAUCUGAAGACUGAACAAGAGAGAUUUCAGUACCCUUGGCCUGAGUUCAGCAGAUUCUAUCUUUGGGAGCAAGAACUAGGGAAGAAAUACCCCUACGAAAUGGUUGUACUGCUUGCCAAUGAGUACUGCAGCUAUUGUCAAGAUAUUUUACAUAUGGUGAGAACGAAAGAGCUUGACAAGGUGGAAGACUGUAUCAUGUCAUUCUGGAGGUCCCUGCAGCCUGAAAGAAUAGCACUGAUGUCCUUGCCAGAUGUAUGCCAGCUGUUCAAAAGCUACGAUAGGCAGCUAUUCAAGGAAAUAGAGAACAUCCUACUUCAUGAUUUCCUGGAGGAGGUGCCUGUGCAACACAUGAAGUUAAUCAGAUUGUUCAGCAAAAAUGUUGAAAUUUGGCUGCUUAAUGCUUUGGAAGAGUUUCCAUUACCUCUCCAAACAUCCAAAUCUAAAGAACUUACAGUGUUUAUAAAAAGACUCAGGAGAAAGACAGACCUUUCUAACAUGGCCAAGACAAUGAGAACAGUCUUGAACAGCAACAGCAAAGUCACUGUUCUGCGAUCAGACUUGCAUGCUGUCAUGGAUCAGGGAUUUCUGGAUGUGCCUGGAAACCUCUUUCAAAUGAAGUUUAGGAAUCCGGAGGAGCUGCAGAAUGACAUAGAACUCAAAUGUCUGAACGACUUAAUGUUUUUUCUGGCACCUUCCACAGAUAUUCGGGUUCUCCUGAACUGCGUGUCUUCAAAUCUUCAGGCUUUUGUCAUUCAGCCAAGCAGAAGUAAAGAGGAGUUGAGAAAACUGGCAUCAGCUUUCCAGCUGAGAUGGAACUUCCUACUGAGUGCAGUAAGCAAGGCUAUGACCCUCAACUACGCAGACAGUUUUGAGUUCUGCACAAAAAUCUCCAAUGUUACAUGCAAUAUUGUGGGCAAUGAGGAAAUCAGGAGUGAAUUCCAAGAUCAGCACUGGAAGCAUAACGUUUACUGA